CCUCCAUAUCAUGCGAUUCAGGUGUUCCAAUCCCCUCCAUAUCAUGCGAUUCAGGUGUUCCAAUCCCCUCCAUAUCAUGCGAUUCAGGUGUUCCAAUCCCCUCCAUAUCAUGCGAUUCAGGUGUUCCAAUCCCCUCCAUAUCAUGAGAUUCAGGUGUUCCAAUCCCCUCCAUAUCAUGCGAUUCAGGUGUUCCAAUCCCCUCCAUAUCAUGCAAUUCAGGUGUUCCAAUCCCCUCCAUAUCAUGUGAUUCAGGUGCUCCAAUCCCCUCCAUAUCAUGUGAUUCAGGUGUUCCAAUCCCCUCCCAAUCAUGUGAUUCAGGUGUUCCAAUCCCCUCCAUAUUAUGUGAUUCAGGUGUUCCAAUCCCCUCCCAAUCAUGUGAUUCAGGUUCUCCAAUCCCC